CCCAGCACAGCCUGGAAGAGAUAAACAAAUAUGAAUUUGCAGUCAUUGAUUUAGAUUUAACCUGUUUCAGUUCAAAUAUGAAUAUUAGAAUAAAGACUUUCUGUUCAAAUUAGGAUAAUAAUAUUAAAAUAGAAUGCUUUAAGGUCAAUUACUGAAGUAAUUCCUAACUUACCAUUUGUGUAAAAUGCAAGGACCAAGAUAGUUAUGGAGAUAAAAGUCAUUUUUGUCUUAUGUUGUGUGGCUUCUAUAAAGCACACGUUUAACUCACAGGACUUUAAACACUUUAAGAACACUGAAGCAUGUGCUACCAAUGCAAAUUGUCUUCAUAUGCAAAUGGGCAACAGUCUGGUGAUACAGGACACCUGUGAUAUGAACGCGAUUGACAACUCAUCAGUGAGAUGACCAGAAUUUUUGUGUGGUUUAUUUAUUCAUAAAAAAAGCAGUAUCAAUACUGUCCCAUAUUGUAAGACAGACACUAAUAUAAAAACAUUGUCUAGAUAUAUUUUUGUUCACUUUAGUUACAGUAUCUUCCUUCCCUUGUAAAUACAUCUGGCACCUUGUUUUUCUUGUUCUCCAUGCGUUUCGUACCAUCUCCCCUAUUGGCUCCUAACGUCCGACACAGACAAAAUGUACUUUGUUAAGUAACCUUGUGUGUGCCUGAUCAAAACCUUACAACGAGUAACAAGUGAGUGAUUUGUCACAUGAGUUGUACGUUCAUCCUCCUCCGUGAUGUCUGACUCAUAUAUGCUACCAACCACUCUGUGCACUCUCACCGAGCAACUUUUGUUGUCACAAGAUCUCACAGACACUCUCCCUCGCUUACACACACACACACACACACACACACACCCACCCACACACACAUCCACGCGCACACACACACACACUAUGUGACUGAGUGUCUGACUGAGUGACAGUGGACUGGUCACACAAUGCUGUCCUUGUGCCGUAAACAAAAGGUCAGAUGAAUCAAAGCAUAUGAAUCACAGACUGUCUCUCCUCUCAGGCUCUCAGACAUACUUCUAAUCCAUAUCACAGCCAAAUAUCCUCCUCAUAUCCUUGGAUACUACACUGGAUAUUGAUUCACAAUCUAUUUGAUAACAUUUAUGAUAAAUAUUUAGCUGGAAAUGUUAGGGAAUCAGCACAGAGACGUUUUUGUGAGAUGGUGCUUGGUACUUGAAGAGGCUCAGGGCAGGUUAUGAACGGAAACGGGACUACAACUCUUUAAAAAAAAGUGAUUCCCCCAUUUAGAUAGACCACAAAUAUCAAACAAGUAAGAGUUUAUAAAAUGUGUGUGUGCGUGCGGGUGAGUGACAGAGAGUAGUGCCUGUAGGCGGCCCUUGCGACACUAGUCAGCCGGACCCUGGUCUAUAGUAUUUACAUGUCAUCAUGACAAGUCCUCUGCCUGAAGAAAGAAACAUUGGAUUUCAAGUCUUCCUCAUUAACUUCUCAAGUUCCAUAUGAAGAGCAAAGUGAGUAGAAAUCCACAUUUUUAUGUAUUAUCAGAUUUUCCUGAAUAUUUUGUGAUUUUUGUUUUUAGAACGUUUCUAGAAUUAACUUGAGGGUUGAUGAGAAAGUGAAGUCAUAUACAGAUUCAGAAAAGAAAGCCAUGUACGGAGGGUCUGGGAAAGGAAAGUCUUCCCUUUCUGAUGUUCUUCCUCUGUCAGAUUCGGACGACCACGUGUGUCCUAUUUCUGUUCACAAGUCUUGGAGUAUGCUCAGGAGGAUUUGGGAAUCCUGUCACAGAUGACGUGAGCAGGCUGAUGUUAUUGAAACACAAUAUUCCAAAGGAUUAUAACAUUUCUAUGCAUUAUAUUCCCAAAGAGAGGAGUGGUGUGUGCUGGGUUCUACUGAAUAUCUAUCCACUGGAACAAAGCCUCAGGGAACUGGCCCGGGUGUUUGGUGCCAUUUCUUCCAACAAAGAUAAUAUUGAGAUCUUCAUCACCAUGCUGCAAAAUCUACGCUUCAAAUUUGAUCAUGAGGAGCUGGAGGCAACAAUGCAAGUCUUUAAAUGCCACUAUAGGGCGGUCAAAUGGCCAUCUGGGCAGUAUUUCGACUAUAUCAGAGACAUUUUGAAUUCUGCAGCUCAGGGAGAAGGAGGAUUCCGCUGUGUGCCUCCACCCUGCCCUGCCCCUACUACACCAGGAAGUGAAGCACAGGAUCAUGAACAGACUCGGUCAAGGGGGAGUCUGCUGUCCCUGCUUCCGAUCCCAGUCACAGCCUGCGUGUUCCUCAUUGUGUGGGCGAUUAAAUCUAGAAGAGGAGGCUCCCCAGAGAGUAACCUUGAGAGAGGCCAUAGAAGGCUGUCCACUGAUGUGGAACGGACCAUAACCAUCCCUAUUCCACCAGUCACCAGUCCAACUGACACACCAAUAAUGGGGGAAGCCUGAUCACCACUGAGGGAGCAGAAGAAGCCAACAUCAAGCACUGCAUAGAGAUCAGAAAGCUCCCCGUCUGGACUAGUGUCACUCUGGACUGGUGUCACUCUGGACUGGUGUCACUCUGGACUGGUGUCACUCUGGACUGUUGUCACUCUGGACUGGUAUCUCUGAUUCUUCUUGGGUGAUAUCCCUGAGAGAACAGAGCUGAAAUCUCUUAUUUGGUAUCUUUGACAUAUCGGAGUUGAUAUCUCUAUAAUAUAUGGGCUGAUAUAGGGUCUCACUUAAACAAGGGACAACGGCAAUAAGACAUUAAUCAACCGCUUACUAGAACUAUAUAAUUUGGACUGUCAUAUAUUUUGACACAACACCAUGUAUCGCAGGUUCCUACCUUGUCUAUGUCUGUCUAAUCAGAGAUUUUGACAUUACACAACAUCAGAGACAUUCUCUACUGAGACUGGACUUUGUUGUUGCCUAAAUAUCUAUUGCUGCUGUGUGGCCACAGAGUGUGUGCUGACACUUUUUUUGUCUCACCCCCUCUUUGAGUCACAUCAUCAGUGUGUGUGACCACAGUAUGACAGUUUAACUGCCCGCUGUGUGUGUGUGUGUGUGUGAGUAAGCUACCCUGCUCUGGAUGAUCUCAGUGAGGGCCAUAAGAGGGGCUUGUUCUCGUCACAAAAGAAAAGAGCCGUAGGCUGAAGGAAAUACCAGUUCCAUGCUAACCGACAGAGACAGAUCCUUAUGAAUCAAAAACCGUUUGAUCCUCAAUCCCCAGACAGCAGGAAACCAUGUUUCUCUGCCAUCUCCUCUCAUGUUGCACUCUCACACGCAUUAUGAAGCCUUACCACUGGGCACAGACGUCAAUUCAACGUCUUUUCCAAGUUGGUUCAACUUAAUUUUAUUGAAACGAUGUGGAAACAACAUUGAUUCCAUCAGUGUGUGCCCAGUGGGAUAGUACUGACUGAUUUCAAGCAUAAGUUAUGGCUGAUUUUUAACUCCCCUCUAGUGGUCAGAUACAAUAACUAUACUUGGUUCCCUCAGCACCUGCAGUAGGUCCCAGCUGUAGCAAGACAGUCACUGUGCAGUCUGACUGAGGGAGGUUUUUGUACAGAUCUGUAUCACUGUGGAACACCUAGACACUUUAUGUAGAUAGUGUAGUGUAGUGUAGUGUAGGUAGUGUAGUGUAGAUAAAGUGUGUAUGUAGAUAGUGUGUGUAUGUAGAUAGUGUAUGUUGUAGAUUGUGUAUGUAGUGUAUGUACUGUAGUGUAGAUAGUGUAUGUGGUAUAAAUUAUGUAGAUAGUGUAUGUAGUGUAGUUUAGACAGUGUAUGUAGUGUAAAUUAUGUAGAUAGUUUAUAGUUUAUACAGUGUAGAUGGUGUAUGUAGUAGUGUAGUGUAGAUAGUUUAUGUAGAUACUGCAUGUAGACAGUGUAGGUCGUGUAGUGUAGAUAGUGUAUGUAGUGUAUUUAGUGUAUGUAGCUAGUGUGUGUAAUGUAGAUAGAUAGUGUAUGUAGACAGUGUAUGUAGAUAGUGUAGAUAGUGUAUGUAGAUUGUGUAGGUUGUGUAUGUAGUGUAGAUCAUGUGUGUAGUGUAGGUAGUGUAGUGUAGAUAGUGUAUGUAGAUAGUGUAUGUAGUGUAGUGUUGAUCGUGUAUAUAGACAGUGUAGAUAGUGUAUGUAGUGUAGAUAGUAUAUGUAGUCUAUGUAGUGUAGGUCGUGUAGUGUAGAUAGUGUAUUUAGAUCAUGUAGGUAGUGUAUGUAGUGUAAAUUAUGUAGAUAGUGUAGGUAUGUCGUGCAGCUAGUGUAUGUAGAUAAUCUAUGUAGAUAGUGUAGAUAGUGUAUGUAGUGUACAUUAUGUAGAUAGUUUAUAUAGUGUAUGUAGUAGUGUAGUGUAGAUACUGUAUGUAGUGUACAUGUGUCUCAUGUUUUAGUCCAGCGUCAUUCACAGUCUCAUUCACAGAUCUAGCAGUUAGUAAUCUGCUCAUGAAAAAAAGUUUAUAUAAUGCCAGAAG